AGGGCAGAGCAGCAGCUGAGAGGGCCUGAGCCUGAGGACAGAGGGGUGGUCUCUGGCUUAGUCACAGCUGGUGUGCAUGGGGUUUGGAGAGGAGAAGGCUGGGGAAAGCAUGUGUGACGGGGGAUAAGAGACCAGGGAGGAGGCCUUCUGGAUGGGAAUGGAGUCACAUUCUGUCAAAUGAUGAGGGAGAACCCUCCCACCCUCACCCUAAUGAGCUGUUUCUGCCUCCUUCCCAGGUCCAAAUCAGUCCAGCUGACAAGGAUGGAAUAUGCCAUGAAAUCUCUCAGACUUCUCAACCCCAAGACCCUCUCCAGGUAUGUGGCUGUGAGUACCUCGGUGAUGACCCAGCAGCUGCUGUCAGAGCCCGGCCCGGAGGCCCCCAGAGCCCGGCCCUACAGAGUAAGCAAUGCCGACAGGAGCCUGCGGAAAGGCAUCAUGGCGCACAGCCUCGAGGACCUCCUCCACAAGGUCCGAGACACUCUGAUGCUGGCAGACAAGCCCUUCUACCUGGUGCUAGAGGAAGAUGGCACAACUGUAGAGACAGAAGAGUAUUUCCAGGCCCUGGCAGAGGACACAGUGUUCAUGGUGCUCCAGAAGGGGCAGAAAUGGCAGUUCCCAUCAGAGCAGCGGGCUAGGUACCAACUCUUCCUCUCCCAUAAGCCUGCCAAGAAGAUCGAUGUGGCUUGUGUGACCUUCGACUUGUACAAGACGAACCCUCAAGACUUUAUUGGCUGCCUGAGCAUGAAGGCGACUCUCUAUGGCACAUACUCUGUUUCCUACGAUCUGCACUGCUAUGGGGCCAAGCGCAUCAUGAAGGAAGCUCUUCGCUGGGCCCUCUUUGGCAUGCAGGCCACGGGCCACUUAUUGCUUGGCACCUCCUGUUACAUGCAGCAGCUCCUGGAUGCCACAGAGGAAGGGCAGAACCCCAAGGCAAGGCCUUGUCCCUCAUUUCGCCCUGUCUGAAGAUACUGCAAUGAAGACUCAAGUCCUUGGAGGCCUUCCCCUGCCAAGAGCUAUACAGGGGACCCUAUUCUCAGCCUCAGAGCCCAUAAGCCUAACAGCUAGCUACAGAGCUUCUUAACUCCCUACACCUUCCUCAGCUCACAGGACAUGAAUGAGA